AAAAUUACAAUUCUUAUCUUUUUUGCACUGUCCUUUGGUUAGAAUGAAUACAAAUGAUUAUCUCUUUUCAUUACGUUUGUUUUCAACAUGCUGCGGGCUUUUGGAUGAAUUAAAAAACAAUAACAGAAUACGCUGAUGCAGAUUGUUAAUGCUUGCCGACUUUGCAAAAAAGUGAAGUCUUGCAUUGUCAGACCGUUAGCCUGUUUGGUUACUUCCACCAAUGCAAUGGCCAAGAGCAAGUUUGAAUAUGUGCGUAACUUUGAAGUAGAUGACACCUGUCUGAAGAACUGCUACAUUGUCGUGAGGUUGGAUGGACGCAAUUUCCACAAAUUUGCAGAGCAGCACAAGUUCAUCAAGCCCAAUGACAACAGGGCCCUGAACCUGAUGACACGUAGCGCCCGCUCGGUCAUGGAGGAGCUCGAGGAUAUUAUUAUUGCCUAUGGGCAAAGUGAUGAGUUCAGUUUUGUUUUCAAGAGGUCCUCCACCUGGUUCAAGAGGAGAGCCAGCAAACUGAUGACCCACGUGGCAUCACAAUUCUCGUCCUCUUAUGUCUUUUACUGGAAAGAGUUUUUUGGAGAGCAGCCUCUCCUCUACCCACCGGGUUUUGAUGGACGUGUUGUACUUUAUCCUACCAACCGCAACCUGAAAGAUUAUCUGAGCUGGAGGCAAGCAGACUGUCACAUUAACAAUUUGUAUAACACAGUAUUUUGGACCCUAGUACAAAAAGGAGGAGUAACGACGGUUCAAGCAGAAGAUCGCUUAAAGGGGACGGUAGCUGCUGACAAAAAUGAAAUACUGUUCUCAGAAUUUGAUAUCAACUACAACAACGAACCAGCUGUCUAUAGGAAAGGCACCACGCUCAUCUGGGAAAAGCAGGAUGAAACUGUCACCAAUAAUGUACUGAAUGGUAAGAAGAAAGACAAAAGCAAGAGGAGAGUGCAGGCCUACCAUUCCGACAUCAUAGGACACGACUUUUGGGAGCAAAACUCAAAUAUUCUGGAAGAGGACGGCUGCUAGUCUUGUGGAUAAAAAAAACGAUGGCUGCGAGUGGGGAAUCAAUUAGGCCGGCAGUCUGGCAGAAAGCAGCAGCCUCAGGUUCUGCUGCCUAUGACCGCCCAUGGGCGUAUAUAUACAAAAUAUAGGUAAUUGAACCAUCAUAGUUUUGCAGAGCAUUGAACUCAACUCCAGUUUCUCACUCCGUUAUUAGGAGGGCUGUUUUUUUUUUUAUGUGAACAAUUAUGUCCUCACAUCUGUUCAUAUUAAAUCAUGAAAGUUUCUUAAAGGUUGCAUUCUUAUUUUCUAUCGAUGGAUGUAUAGAACAUUACAGUAUAUGUUGCGUUCACACAGUGUGUUUGAAGUAGUCUCUAAAGUUCUUGGCAAGAGGUCUCAGUCUUGUCUCGCUGCCAGGACGCCAUUUAGAGAAGUGAAUGGAUUUGUGUGCCUGCACUGUCAUCAGUGCUAAGAAUACCUACACACACCCUGAGUACACUCUAUCCCCCUGACAUGUGCUCCAUGGCAUAUUUAUCACCACACUUGUAAAUGAGGCUCAGUAUGAAUGGUUGCUAUGGAACGACUCACUGUAUUUCAUUCCUGUCAUAGGUUCACUUACUGUAUCUGCUUUAUUUUUGGGUCAGAUGACCAACUCUAGAUACCCCCAUGACUGCUUUAGAUCUGUGAAUGAAUGUCACACCGCUUAAUGCACUGGAAUGCUUAAAAAAAAAACAA